AUGUCGAACGCCAUUGUGUCAAAUGUUUAUCGAUAUGUCAUUGAUGAUGUUAUCAAUCAAGUUCGUGGAGAUUUCGAAGAUAUGGGUAUCGAUGACUCUGUUUUGCAGGAAUUACAAAGAUCUUGGGAGACCAAAGUAGCUAGAUCUCGUGUAGCUAAUUUUGGAUUCAAGGAAGAUGGCUAUUAUGAUGAAGACGGCAAUAACAACAAUAACAAUGGAGGAGAUGCCAAUGCUUUAUCCAACAGCAAUGUCAACACUAAUCCAAAUGGGCAAAAGGCAGCUCAGCUACCAUACUCUGCAGAAUAUGCUAAUAACAAUAACAAUAACAACAAUCCACACAGUAACAAUGGUCCCUCUGCUGCUAGUUUGGCCAGUUUGGCUGCAACAACUGCAGCAAGACCUCCUCCUCCUCCUCAGCCCUACGGACUACCACCAAACAUGAGCAACAAUAACAACAGCAAUAAUAACUCUAGACCCUUCCCUGAUCCUGACCAUUUAUUAAAUCAAUAUCAAAUGAUGCAACAGCACAAGCCUCCACAUUUGCAACAACAACAACAACAACAACAACAACAACAGCAUCAACAACAGCAUCAACAGAAUAACAAUUUGCCUGAAUUACAGUUACCUGGACUUCCCCGACCUAACCUCCCACAAAAUGAUGGUGCUAAUGAUUUCGAGCCUUUAUCUACACAACAAAUCGAUCAGCGCAUUGAAGACAUGAUUCAGUCAAGUCAAGACAAGGAAGAGGAAAUGCAAAUUUCGUUUACAGCAUCAUCCUUCUCUGGCGAGCCGCUUGCCUUGGAUUCACUGCCUGACAGUGUUAAGCAAUUGAUGCAAGAAGCAAGAGAAAGAGCUAUUAAAGCUGGUGCUAUCAAGAAGCGUACUCGCAUUGCUCAGCUGGAUGGCGAGGGAGACACUCCUGCUGCUGAAACCCCUUCUGCGUCCUCCACAGGUGCGCCAGAUGCUUCAACCAACAAUGCUACCACAACAGCAGCCACCUCCACAGCAAAUGACGAUGACAUUAAUUCUGACCUGGAUGAUACUGACGACGAGGAUGACGAUGGCGAGGGAGGAGAGGAAAUUGAACAUAUUAUUUUAUGCCUGUAUGAUAAAGUGACAAGAACAAAGAACAAGUGGAAGUGUAUAUUGAAGGACGGCAUCAUGUUGGUGAAUGGUAGAGACUAUCUCUUCCAUCGUGCCAAUGGUGAUUUUGAAUGGUGA